AACUCUUCAAGCCUCCGUGCUCGCACGAACGGCCUCAUCGACAGCAAUAAGCCCGUUUUUCUUAAGCCAUGGGUAUCACCCGAACUUAGGAGACUCUCUCUAGCUGCCAGACCCGAACCCUAACGAUAACGCGCUAUUAACUAGCAAGGAAUAGAAAGGAGUAGAGAUAGUCCGGAAACUGAAAUAGUACCACGAGUUCGCAUCGACUAUAAUAGCUCACGCGUAAUAACGAUAAGAAGAUAUCGCGAAUCGGAGACGGGACCUAGCCCCGAAAUACUAAGUAGGAGAUAAAGUUUGGCUCGACAUCCGCUACUAGAAGAGUGACCGUUUACGAAAGAAAAAGCUUAGCCCGCUCCACCACCGGUUCACGGUUUUAGAAGCCAUCGGAGGAAGCGCCUAUCGGCUUGACACACCAGGGGAACGUUAUAACGUUUUCCACGAGUCGCUUCUCCGCCCUACGUUAGAUAAUCCCUUCCCGACUUAAGUUUAAGACGAUGUUUAACUAGACCUAAUACUGGUAGAUAGCGAAAAAGAGUAGGAGCUCGAAAAGAUCCUGGCGGACCGAGUCGUUCGAGGCCGCGGCCGAGGCCGAGGAGGACCUCUGAAGCGCUAAUGCCUGUGCCAAUAGACCGGCUACGUAGACCCGACGUAGGAGGAUAUCGCAAUGGUUUAAGAUACUGUCGCAUUAGAUGACUACGAAGCUCAGACGGGCCGAAACAUUGCUUCCGAAGCGUUAAGGGCAGGAGAUAGACGGCCUCCUUAAAAGGGAGGAGAGACCUUUUGUGACAGUCUUGGGCUUUGCCCAGUCUGUGUGUUGUGGCCUUACGGCCUAAGGCAGAAGGGAUGGGUAGACCGUUUGCCCAUAGAUGUAAAUAGCAGAUCGCAGUAAGAGAGAUCUUCUCCUUCUCUCUUUAGCAAUUCAACAGCGUUACCAGCUUACCAAAUCC